GCAGAAAUUCGCUAUCCGAUGGUGAAGGGACUGGAGUAAGCUAGCAGUGGCACGGCGCUGUUCGCUGCGGAACUUCGGGCGACGUCGACGCAGACGGCACGCCAUGGUGAUGGUCAGCCGACGCUACGCUGGUGUCGCGAAUGCGCUGGAGGAACUCGGGGAUGAUCCUGAAGAGACACGAGGUCGAACGCAUGGCGUGCAAGGCGCCGUCAAUGUCCACGAUCGUUGUGCACAGCCGUGUCCUGGCAUGACGCACUCGCCGCGUUCACGUUCCCGAGGCGAUGAGGAUAUCAUCAGUAUUUUAUCGCUCUCAAGUGAAGUCCGCAGAGCGACUAUCUAUGAUAAUUCUGUCAUAACGCACCUGCUCAGUUCACAUGCAAUCCGUGAUUAUAUGGAGAUGGUGGGAGGCAUCUCUUCACAGUACGUCAAGGUCUCUGUGACGCCAUCGUACAGCCGGACGGCCGGAGAAGGACCUUCACGUAACGGAGGCAGCGCAGAGGAAUGUACCAGAAGCUCAUUUCCGCCUGGAAAGCGAACAUGCGAUCGGUGCCACGGGAUGGGAUUCAACUCGAACAUCGCUGUCUUUGCCGUUAAGCUUUGCGCCGAGUAUGAUCGCGUAGGGCUGCAUCCAUCGACAAUCGGUGGUCGCAGGCGGCGGUCUCUAUCUCGACGGAUCAGAGCCCACGGAUCAAAGUUAAGUGAACCUGAUGAGUCUCUCCCCGCGCUGUGAUCGACCACGGCAAGGACUGCGCGAUGCAUAUCGUUUCAC